AUGGAUCGCCUCGCCGCUACGGAAGGCGUCGAGCCGCACGACAGCUACUCCCAGAUGGAGCCGUUCUCCGCCAGCGAGACGUCGAUCGACCGGGACCUCCGGCUCCGGAUACGGGACUUUUACCGAACCAGCGACCGCCGCGACCAGGACGAGCGCUGGCUCGAAUUCUACACCCCCGGCGCGAGGGCCAAGGUCGGGGCUCUGGAGGGCGAGACGCGUGAAAACAUCCGGCAACUACGCACGGCGAUGUGGAGCACCGUGUCGGCCAGGAAGCACUGGCUCACAAGCGCGGUCGGCUCAGCUACCGAGAAGGGGGUGCACGUCAUGUUGAGGGGGGGGUAA